AUGCGUCCCUCCACAACAACCUGCUCCCGCCAAUCCGCCCCCUGCUACUGCCACACCCCGCUCUCGCUCUCGCACUCACGCUCGCGCCGCCGCCCGCGCGCCCCGGACGCUGGGCCCCAGUGGCCUGCCCGCGUCGGGAGUAAGGGGUAUGCGGGGUUUUUGGUGGGGUUGAGUAAUCCCGGUGACGAGAAGGACGGUGACAAGGACGGUGAUGGUGGGGAUGGCGGUGAUGGUGGUGGUGACGAUUGUGAGGGAGCGCGUAGACAAGGCGCUGGAGGGAGUCAAACGAGGACGGGACGGACGAGAUUGCUUGAUGCGGGGGAGAAGGAGAGCGGGACGGAGACGCAGACGCAGACGCAGAGCGGGUGCGGGCUUGGUGCCGUCGUGAGGCGGCUGCUGGGGACCGAGAAGAGCUGGGCGGCUGGUGCGGGAUCUAGUUGGCCUGGCGUUGAAGGGGUUGCGUGGGGAGAGAGGGGGGAGGGGUGGCGCGAGGUGGGGAGUGUGAACACGGGGAGUGUGAAGACGGGGAGUGUGAAGACGGGGAGUGUGAACACGGGGAGUGUGAAGACGGGGAGUGUGAAGACGGGGAGUGUGAGGGUGGAGAGCGUGGAGGCGCAGAGCGUUCAGGCAGAGAGUGUGGAUGCAGAGAGUGUGCAGGCAAAAAAAAAGGCAAAGGGUGUGGCGCGGGUGUGUGCGAGGCUCUGUGGAGGGUGGCAGGGGUCUUGUUGA